AAACUGAACCUUCCUCAAUUCGGUGGCCACUUCUGCCCUCACAUCUCCGAUCCAUGGCAGCUACUACCUCCACUAGCUUCUUCAAUUUCCGGUCCACCAAUGACGAGCCAAGGGUCCGGACCUCGUCCAGCCACCGGGCCUCACCACCGUGCGGCAAGCUCGACGGCGUCGCCACGUGGCUCAUCAACGGUGUCGCUGCUGCAUUUUUCGCGUCACUAGAACGGUGUUCUUGCAUCCGCAUCGCCACCAAGGAAGACGGCGAGGAAGCUAAUGAAGUGCCGCUGAUCUACAACGAUGGAAAUUACAUGAUCAGGCAUGAUGCCGCUGGUGCCGCCGCUGCCGCCACCACUACCAGGCGGAGGACGGGGAAAGGAAAGAAUAAGGGCGAAGGGGAAGCAGCUGUGGCGGAGGUUUAAUUUCUCCUUUUCUUUUCUAAAAAAAAAAAAAAAAUGUCUGGUAAGUAAUAUCAUCACCUGUUGUGAAAAAUUAAGUUUGAUGGAUUUGGAAAUGCCAAACUGGAGGCAUUAUUAAUAUUUUGCUUAUUUUCAAGUUGAAUCUAUGAUGAAUAUAUGGAAUUUAAAAUAAUAAAUUUCAUCUUAAUUA